AUGGGUGACAAAACAAUCGGUCUGACAGACCGAGAGUUGAAGAAUUUCUCUCUGGACGUCCCCGAAUCUGUUGAACUUAUUCUGCACGCACAAGAGAGUGAUGCUGCUGAUCGUGAAUUGACUAUCCGUCAAGCACUGGCUAAAUAUCCUAAAGCUGUCUUUUGGGCCAUGUUCCUCUCGACCAGUCUCAUUAUGGAGGGAUACGAUGUUGUCAUGAUCACUUCGUUCUACGGUCAAUCCCAAUUCCAAAAGCGUUUUGGAACCUAUAAUGCUGAUACCAACGCCUACACCAUCUCGGCUGAGUGGCAAUCAGGCUUGAGUAACUCGUCUACCGUUGGUCAACUGUUCGGACUCCUACUCAACGCCUACGCUCAGGAUAAAUUCGGUUGUCGGCCAACAAUGAUGUUUUUCAUGGCAUGGAUGGCGGUGAUGAUUUUUAUUCCGUUCUUCGCACCCUCACUGUCUGUUCUCGCAUUCGGAGAAGCUAUGUGUGGCGUGUCAUGGGGUGUAUUCCAGACUCUUUCCACUGCUUACGCCUCCGAAGUCGUCCCGACGGUCCUGAGACCAUAUGUAACAGCCUAUGUCUGCAUGUGCUGGGGUGCUGGAAUUUUACUGUCGUCUGGUGUUGUUCGUGCCGUGGCGAGCAUUGAGGGAGAUCUUGGAUGGAGACUCCCCUUUGCUAUUCAAUGGGUUUGGCCAAUCCCUCUAUUUAUUGCAGCAUACUUCGCCCCCGAGUCUCCCUGGAAUGCAGUUCGCCGAGGGAAGCUCGAUCUCGCUCGAAAGAGUCUACUGCGACUCCGUGAGGAUUCUCCUCAAAAAGAAAGAGAAGUUGAAUCAACUCUUGCAUAUAUCCGACAUACUACUCAACUUGAGAUGGAAGAAAGUGGAGAUGCCAGCUUCUUCGAGUGCUUUCAAGGGGUCAAUUGGCGUCGAACUGAAAUCAAUUGUGUCGUCUGGGCAGCACAAAUUCUCUGCGGUAAUGCUAUUCUUGGAUACUCUGUUACCUUUCUCGAAGCAGCAGGCUUUUCCGAGAUCCAAGCCUUUGACUUAAACAUCUCGCUGUCCGCUUGCUACAUAAUCGGCGGAAUCAUCUGCUGGUUUUUGUUUCCACAUCUUGGAAGAGCAACCAUCUACAUGGGAGGUCUCACAUUUAUGUUCUUUUGCCUGGUUGCGAUCGGAGGCCUUGGAUUCUCGCAUAGCAAGCACGCCGACGUGGCUGUGGGUAUUCUCUUGGUCAUCUCUACGCUUUGCAAUAUGAUCACAGUAGGACCGGUCUGUUAUCCGAUAGUAGCAGAAACUCCUUCUGGAAGAUUGAGGUAUAAGACAAUUGUUAUUGGACGAUUCGUGUAUAACCUCACACAGAUUUUCAACAAUUCUGUGACCCCGCGCAUGAUUCAAGCAUCAGCAUGGAACUGGGGUGCUAAAGCAGGUCUCUUUUACGCCGGAACCAAUUUGUUAUGUAACAUUUGGUGCUGGUUCCGACUACCUGAAACCAAGGAUCGUACCUUUGGCGAGAUUGAUAUUCUGUUUGAGAAUCAUGUUCCAGCCCGAAAGUUCAAACAUACCAAAGUUGACCAAUUCACGCAUCAAAACUUCGAAAAGAGCCAAAUUAAUGAAGAAAAGGUUGCUGCCACCCAUAUGGAAAAUGAGAUCGUUUAA